UGUACCCUUAUGCUAUUGUUUACGCUUGCCCAUGUUUCCCACGUGUUCUCUCUAAAUACUAUAUAUGACCAUUUUUUCGAAAGAGCGCAUUGAAAUCCACUAUCGACAAUUAAAGAAGGUCAGAACCGCGACGCGGAUCAAGAUUGAUCCGUGUGGCAAAACAUUUUUAUUCAUUAUAUCGGUGGACGACGUUGCCACGCUCCUGAAUAAUAGUAUGGAAAAAAUAGGAACACUACAAUGGGAAGACUAUCUGGUCAUAGCAGUUACAUUAUGUAUAAGUAUGGGUAUAGGUAUUUACUACAGAUUCAGUGGUGGCCGACAGAAAACUAUAGAGGAAUAUUUCAUUGCCAGCAGAUCUAUGAGCAUUCUUCCUGUGGGUGUAGCAUUAGUUGUUUCUUUCAUGUCUGCAAUUACCUUGUUAGGGGUUUCUGCAGAAAAUUACACAUAUGGAACACAAUUUGUAGUAAUUAAUUUAUCAUAUCUUAUAGGAACUCCUCUUGUUUGUUAUGGAUUUUUACCAGUAUUUUUUAAACUCCAAGCAACAAGUGCUUAUGAGUAUUUAGAAAAACGUUUUGGAGUAAAAGCUAGAACAUUAGCUAGUUUUGUAUACUGGCUACAGCUACUUUUGUAUUCAGGUGUUGUACUUUAUGCUCCUGCUUUAGCAUUGGAGGCUACAACAGGAAUUUCUAAAACUGGCAGUAUUAUUAUCAUUGGAUUAGUCUGUGCUUUCUAUUCAAGUAUAGGAGGCAUUAAAGCUGUCUUAAUUACAGAUGUAUUCCAAGGAUUGCUUAUGUUUAUUUCUGUUUUUGUUAUUAUUAUCACAGCUGCUAAUGAAGCUGGAAGUUUAAGAAGAAUCUGGGAAAUAGCUCAAGAAGGGAAUCGAAUUCAAUUUGACAGUAUUUCUAUAGAUCCCACAGUUCGACAUACUUGGUGGUCACUUAUUUUUGGAGGCUUAUGUACAUUUUUGUCACUAUAUGGUGUAAAUCAAGUUCAAGUGCAACGUAUGCUAACAGUGAAAGACAUAAAAGCAGCACAAAAAGCACUUUGGUUGUCAUGGCCAAUUUUAUCUUUACUUUCAAUAACUACGUGUUUCUCAGGAUUAGCAAUAUAUAGUAAAUAUUACAAGUGUGAUCCAUUACUUCAAAAAAGAAUAUCAUCUACAGACAUGUUAAUGCCAUUGUAUGUUAUGGAUACCAUGUCUGAUAAACCUGGUUUAGCUGGUCUUUUUAUAGCAGGUAUUUUUAGUGCUGGUCUCAGCACUAUCUCAGCAGCAUUGAAUUCUUUAGCAGCGGUAACAUUAGAAGAUUAUAUAAAACCAACAUAUAAAAAAUGUUGUCAUAAGGAAUUUUCUCUAACCAUGUCCACAACUUUGGCAAAGUUACUUGCCUUUAUUUAUGGAAUUAUAUCUAUUGCUUUAGCGUUUUUAGCACAAUUAUUGGGUGGUGUUUUACAAGCUGGUUUAACAAUAUUUGGAGUAGUGGGUGGUCCACUUCUUGGUCUUUUUACACUCGGAAUGCUUACAGAAACAGCUACAGAAACAGGAUCCGUAACGGCUACUAUUGUAUCCCUAAUAUUUUUAUUUUGGAUUGCAUUUGGACAACCCAGACCUACACCACCAACAUUACCAGUUACUAAUAUAGGUUGUUCAAAUACAACCAUUUCUAUCUUACAAACAGAAUUGAAAUCGGAUGAUUCUUAUUUUUAUCUGUAUCGGCUUUCUUAUAUGUGGUAUUGUCCACUUGGAUUUUUGAUAACAUUCAUUAUUGGAUUAUUCCUUAGCUUCUGUUUGAAGCAGAUGUUUAAAAAACAAAAAAUUGAGCUGGAUCUCAAUCUGUUUUUUCCUAUAAUAGCAAAACGAAUACAUCGCAGACAAAUGCAAAUUUCGGAUACCAAUUCAAAUGAUAUAUUAAAGGAUGCUACUACCGCUCCAAGAAAGUACAUUUUCGGUGUUAGUUCUGAUGAUAUAGAUAUCAUGGAAGAUAUCAAUAUUAGCAAAGUUUAAUUUUUUUUCUUCAUUUUUAAUUAAUCAGUUGUGUCUUGAAAUUUGUAGAUUUUAAACAUUCCCUAUUUAAUUUUAUAAGUUAUAAAUAUAUAUAUAAAAUUACAAAAAAAUCUAUGAAGUAGAUCUUUAUAGAAAAAAUAAUAGACAUGUUCAAAAAAUGAAUAGGAAAAUUUAAUUAUCAAUAUUUACAUAUCAUUGUUUUAAUUUAAUUUUAGUUAGAUUUCGAAAAAAAAAUAUAUUACUUUUUAUUGUAUCAAAUGUUUAAAAUAAUCUUAAUAUUUAACCAGUUGAGCUGGGAAAAAAAUUAUUUGAACAUGUUAAUUUCAGACAAUAUUGUGUUAUAAAAAAAAACACUUAACUUA